UUGUCAAAUUGUACCUAUGUCAGCGUCUGUGAUAGUUGUGGAUAGUCAGUAAAUAUUGGUGUAUGAAAAAUAGAAACAAUAAGAUAAAUAUUCACCGAAUAAUUGAAUAGUUUUGUUCGGUUGACGUCCUCCAAAGUGCAAUUAAUAUAAGUGUUCAUUAAUGUAAUGUGGGUGUGAAUGAGAUGAAAUUUAAAUGAUGGCUAUACCUGGGUCUCGGAGUUCAUCAACAACCUCAACAAAUAAAGGGACUUGUUCCGUAUGCAUUAAGGCUGUGAAAUGGGUGCCUGUCUUGUUUAUACUGAGUAUUGUUGUUUGGUCAUACUAUGCUUUUGUAGUGCAAUUGUGUAUAAUAACUAUAGAGUCGACAAUUCAAAAAGUAAUAUAUUUAGUAGUUUAUCAUCUGUUAUUCUUCAUGUUUAUAUGGGCAUAUUUUCAAACAAUUUUCACCAAUAUAGGACAAGUUCCAUCACAGUUCAAACUGCCUGAAGGUGAAUUAGAACGAUUAACUCAUGCUGAAACUGAAGAGAUGCAGAAUGCAAUCUUAGAGAGAUUUUCACAAAAUCUGCCAAACCGAAAUCGCACGAUUAAUGGGAAUGUGAGAUAUUGUGAGAAAUGCAAGCAUGUGAAGCCAGACAGAUCACAUCAUUGCUCCGUGUGUGGAGAGUGUGUACUGAAAAUGGACCACCAUUGUCCUUGGGUCAACAACUGCGUGUGCUUCACUAAUUACAAAUUCUUUAUAUUAUUCCUAGGAUAUGCAUUACUGUAUUGUUUAUUUAUCUCAAUGACCUCAGUACAAUAUUUCAUCACCUUCUGGAGGGGUCAUCGUCACAGUACGGAACCAUUGGGAGGCCUUGAGGGAAUGGGACGUUUUCAUAUAUUAUUCCUCUUUUUUGUGGCUGUUAUGUUUGCUAUUAGUUUGGCUUCUUUAUUUUUUUAUCACAUCUACUUGGUCUCAGUUAACCGAACAACCUUAGAGGCAUUCCGCUCGCCUGUCUUCUACCAUGGACCGGACAGGGACGGCUUCAAUUUGGGUAGGCGAAAGAAUUUCAUGCAAGUCUUUGGAGAAAAUCCAAAGCUUUGGCUGGUACCAGUAUUUACAACUUCUGUGGACGGUGUCAUCUACCCAGUUCGUGCACAGCCACCGUCCAGUUCCUAUCACACAAUGGAAAAUUCACAGACCAGUUUGGGUGAUGGAACUGCGUUCGAUAAACGUCCUUCAACUGAGGAUAUGGAAGAGUUGUUGUACGAAAUAAAUUACGAAGACGAAUGAAACAGCCCUAUCAAGCUUAGCCUCAUCUCCACAUGUUUAGAGUACUAUAAGUUGUGAUUUUAUAAAUAUUUAACAUUCCCCAAAUGUUAUUAUAUAUAUAUAAAUAUAUAUUUAAAUUUAAAAUAAUAUAUCCUGAAACAGGACAGCCAGAGAUAGAACAAUUGUAAUAUAUG